AUGGCCGCCCUGGCCCUCCGUGUCUACCAGAAGACCGAUCCUAAAGCCGAGUUUUCGGUCUCUGAGAACAAGAAGUCCAAGACCAGCCUGUUGCUGCAGGCAGGGACCGUCUCCACCCUCUCUCAACCUGAGACGGAUGUCAUCCGUGGCGACCACUAUGGCAGGUUGCUGGAUGCCUACGCUUGUCUGGGUGUACUCCAGGUCUGCCCUCGGAUAUCUUGGGAAGGAGAGAACACUCAGUUGUACCUGGUGGUGGUGACCAAGUGCAUCAAGGUGUGCACCAUACAGAACACCGCAGUGCACAGGAUACAAGACAUCGAUGUCAUCUCCCUGCACUCCAUGAGACCGGCCAACUACAAGGCCCAGGAAGAAGAGUCUUGGAUAAAAGAGAUGAAGAAGUUAAUGGGUAAUGAGAGUUUCUACUUCACCAUCAGUAGUGGCACAGGUGAGGCACUGGACCUGACACUGUGUGCUCAGCGCCGCUCAAGAACUACCUGCACUGACAACAGAUUCUUCUGGAAUCGAAUGUUGCAUCUUCACUUGAAGCGAUUUGGCGUUGACUGUCAGCAGUGGUUAAUUAAGGUGAUGUGCGGCAGCGUUGAAUUCUCUUCUAUAUACAUGAACAACCACACGCCCAAGAUUCUUAUUAUCUCCCGCCUCAGCUGUGAGAGAGCUGGUACCAGAUUCAUGGUUCGUGGCGUCAACGAUGGCGGUCAUGUCGCUAACUUCGUCGAGACCGAACAAAUGAUUUACAUCGACACAAUGGACGAUCUCAUUUUAUCCUAUAUCCAGACUCGCGGCACUGUGCCUCUCUUCUGGGAACAACCUGGCCUUAAUGUUGGUUCACACAAGGUAAAGAUGUCUAGAGAACCUGAGGUUUCAGUUCAAGCCUUCCAGAAGCACAUGAGAUUUCUACGAGAGCGUUACGGCCAGCAGGUGGUGCUCAACCUGCUGGGUACUGGUGUCACUGGUCGCAGCCAGGGUGAAGCUGCACUCUCUCACAUGUUCCAAAUCCAGCACAUCAACUGCUGCUGGAGUAAGGACUCUCCUCACAUCGUCUUCGACUUCCAUCAAGAGUGUAAGGGCGGUCAUAUAGAAAACCUCCACAAAAAACUUCAGCCUCGAAUCAAAGAUGAAAUGGAAAGCUUUGGUUACUUCUGUUCCAGGAAGGGCCAAGUGAUGUCUUUUGUGUGUUAUGUUGCAGCUCCGAUCAAGGUGCUGCAUCAGCUGUGUGAUCACAGCACAGAGUACACAGCAAGCAUCCCUCUGAGAGUGGCAGUAGGCACUUACAAUGUUAAUGGUGGCAAGCACUUCAGGAGUCUGGCCUACAAGCACCUCUCACUGGAUGACUGGUUACUCGACUCCAAGAAGAAUGCUGUGAGAAGCUCACUGGUGGACACUACACCCGAGGAAGAGGAGGCAGGGGAGGGCAGGGUUCCUGAUGUCUUUGCAAUUGGCUUCGAAGAAAUUGUUGAUCUGAAUGCAACGAACAUUGUACAGAACACUCAGUGGUCGGAGAAUGCUGCAUCCUGGGGCAAGGAACUGCAGAAGGUUAUAUCGCGAGACGAAAAGUUUGUGAUGGUGACGUGGACGCAGCUGGUGGGCGUGGCACUCUUUGUGUAUGUCAACGAGAAGCAUGCCAACCAUGUCCGACAUGUGUCUGUUGAGAGUGUCAAAACAGGCAUGCAAGGCGCGACAGGUAACAAGGGCGGUGUGGGUAUCAGGUUAGUGGUACGAAACACCUCCAUGGCAUUCGUGUGUUCCCAUUUUGCUGCUGGCCAGAAGGAAGUUAAUGAACGUAACAACGAUUAUGACAAUAUUGCUAGAAAAUUGAUCUUUCCUCUUGGUAUGCCACUCUGGGCACAUGACUACGUCUUCUGGUGUGGCGACUUCAACUACCGCAUCAACCUGAGCAGGGACGAGGUGAUUGAUUAUGUCCAGCGGAAGGAGUGGAGCGUCCUGCUGCAGUACGACCAGCUAAAGAUAAGUCAUAGUGAGGGCAAGUGUUUCAAGGGUUUCCUUGAGGGAGAGAUCAACUUUGCACCCACCUACAAGUAUGACCUCUUCUCUGAUGACUAUGACACCAGUGACAAGAUGAGGAUCCCAGCCUGGACCGACCGUGUGCUCUUCUGGCGACGACAAUACCAGAGAGACAAGGACAACCCCAACUGGAGCCCAGGUCGUAUUGUUCACUAUGGGUGUGCAGAGUUGAAGCAGAGUGAUCAUCGUCCAGUGUUAGCAGUGAUUGAUGUCCAGGGUUGUCAAGUUAUUGAUGACAAACUGUCCAGUACUUACGAGUCAGUAGUGGCCUCACUGGGACCUUCUGAUUGUACCGUUGUUGUUCAGCCAUCAGAAGAUGAGGUACGCAACUUGCCGGUGGGUGUGGAGGCAGACACAGUGUUCGAUGACGAGACGCUAGAGGCAGUGCAGGAAGCCAUGGGCACCGUGGGUAGUGUUGUCUUGGUGCGCUUUGUCGAUAACAAGAUCUGGUUCACCUUCAGUGACUCCCAGACUGCACUCAAGGCUGCAGCAUGUAGUCCCUUAUUGAUUAAAGGACACGAACUGGAGGUUAAACUGAAGACUGAGGCAUGGAGGGAACAACUGGAGGAGGAGUUGGCACUGUGUGGUGACACAACAGUGCCACUCACUGAUGAACCUCUCAACAUUACUGAGAGUGAUGAUGCUGCUGUCAGACUCAGGAGCAUUGAAGGAGCACUGGAGGAACUGUAUCAGUCACAGUCCGGGGACGAAGAUGGUGUGUCAGAGUGCUCGGAAAUAAUUGAACAGCCACCACGGGCUGUCUUACUGGCUUGUAGGCCUGCGCCGCCCCGACCCACACCCUCCCGCCCACCGCCCCCCCGGCCCACACCACCCAGCUCGGCCCCUAGCUCACCUGCCCCACAGCGGGCUCAGCCACAGGGGCCCAAGGUAAAGGUUAUCACUAAGCCAGUUCGACCAGCACAGUUGUUAACUCGGGUAACCAGCACUCCAGCGUCACAAACUAACACUAUCAUUGAUCAAGUCACAAGCAUACCUGAGAAGCCAACACAGUCCUCGACACAGUCCUCAACACAGUCCUCGACACAGCCCUCAUGGCCGGUCGUACCACCUCGUAUGCCCUCUCAGGAGAGCCCCACUGAGACGCCACCCUCAGCUGAAGCUCCUGCUUUCUCCAGUUCCUUGUUUGGUGUACCCCCAUCUGUGCCAGCCAGUGUCCCAGCUGUAAGCAACGAGAAGCCUUUUGUGUCACCAUUUGGCGCACCCCCUCCUCUACCAGACAACUGUCCACCGGAAUGGUCUGACUCAACCAAUGAAAAGCCUCACCCUUCACCACCUGUUGUUCAACCUCCACUACCAUCGAACAUCCCAUCCACCACUACCCUACCUACCAGAGAACAGUUCAGUGGUCCACCACUUGGUCCACCACCCUCUUUACCACCCACCGGACCACCACCACCUCUACCAACCAACGGCCCACUUCCACCAAAAGACCUUCCACCGAACAUCCCCACCCGUUCACUGCCUCCAGUACCGAGUAGAACUGGCCCACCUCCAGUACCUUCCAGAUCCAUUCCCCCAGUUCCUGCUCGUAACCUUCCUCCAGUACCUCCUAGGAAGUAAAUUGUGUAAUUACUUUCAACGACCUAGUCACAAAGUUGUACCUACAGGUGAUAUAUUUAGACUAAUGUAACUAUUGUAAUUGCGGUAAUUAACUCGUGUAAUAAAGGUAAUUAACUCGUAAUUAACCUGUUGAUAUUUAUUAAAUUUGGUUAAGUAUUUUUCUGUUGUAUUUUUUAUAAAUUAUUAGAAAUAAUUAUUUUUGUUAAUGGUUCUGGUUAUUAGUGAAGAUUGUAUAUAUACCAGGAAGUGUAUAUCUGUAUAUACGCUGAGAGGUUUGCAUAUCUUAGUGUAUAUGUGCUCAAAGGUUGGGUAUCUGUAUAUACACACCAAGAGGUGUAUAUUUGUGUAUAUACACUGAAAUGUGUAUAUGUUGGUGCUUCUAAACCAAAAAGGGUUUAUUGUUAUGUAUAUACAUUUGAGAAGUGUAUCCCAGUGUAUACACACUGAGAGAGGUGGGUAUCUUGAGUAUAUACACCAAGAGGUGCAUAUCAGUGUAUAUACUGAGAGGUGUAUGAAUAUUUACAUCUCAGUAUACAUAAACUGAGAGGGGGUAUAACUCAGUAUACAAAUCUAUAUAACCUGUGUCAUUACAAGGGAUCCCACCUGCCACCUCAGUGUAAACCUGCACACAGGUCGCAAUGUGGCAGACCUGCACGCAGGUUGCAAUGUGGCAGACCUGCACACAGGUUGCAACGUGGCAGGCCUGCACACAGGUCACAACAUGGCAGACCUGCAUGCAGGUUGCAACAUGGCAGACCUGCACACAGGUUGCAACAUGGCAGGCCUCCACACAGGUCACAACAUGGCAGACCUGCAUGCAGGUUGCAACCUUGCUGACCUGUAUGCAAGUCAUACUGUAAACAUUAAUAUAUAACUUCUACCUAAAAUUUUGCCUCUAAAUAUGUCAGCCUGAAUAUUUCUUUGUCACAGACAAUAAAAUGUCCAGGCAGGUGAAACCUUCUAAUUUUACAAAUAAACGUCUUAAGAGGAAGACGAGUACCUUAACGUGUAGAAAUAACUCGGUAAUGAUCUUAAUACAAUUUACAGUGAUCUUAAUACUCAAGUAAUAGAUCAGUUAAGUGUGUUUACAUGUUAUAGUUAGUGACAUGACUUUAUCUACUCUGACAUGUAUGGUAGAUGUGUUUAAAAUAAGCAGUCACUUUUUUUAAAUCUUUUAUAUAUGAUGGAAUUUUUUGUGAGUGCAAUUAAAAAAAAUUUUGAUAAUUGAAUAGCAAGCACUGUGGAGGCCUUUCCAUAUGCUGUUCAGUUUUGGAUGAACUUUUUCAAUUGCAUUAGCAAGAAAUUUCACUGUGCUGUGAAGCUUUAUAAGAGAGCUGGCUGUAGAAAUAAGUUGCACAUCAUCUGAAUAUCCAUGACUUGCUAAAUAUCCUGUCCAAGAUGGAAACAGUAGUCGACACCUUGACCAACCAGAACAAACAUGGAACAGCAGUAGUGACUGUCAAACACUACAGUCAUCAUAUGAGGUCUCAGUACCACAGCCAAGUUCCAGUUACAAGGCUAGGCAGCGUAAUUCCCAUGAUUCUCGACUGUUAUAGUACACGAACAACCUACAGCACUAAUUCCCAUGAGUCUUGACUGUAAUAGUAAACAGAUAAUCAACAGGAACAUCUUGCAACACUCUAAUUGCCAUGAGUCUUGACUGUAAUAGUACACAGAUAAGCAACAGAAAAACCCGCUGUAGCACUGUAAAUACAGUCAAGAACAUCCUAAAACUGAUGAUAGUGAGGUUGACCCACGAGAGGACAUAGAAAAACCAUACCUGAGCACUCAGAAGUGAAAGAAAGAAACAGCCAAGCACAGCAGUGCCACAGCCACACUUCACAAGGUAUGAGGUAUGACAGUUAACUCUUACUCCCAGUGUAGGUGAGCACUACACAACAAAUACCACUUACGUGCACCCAGUAAAUGCAGAGGUAAUAAGCCUGAAACAAUACAGGUAACAAAUGAAUACAUUGAGGCAGUUAAGGAGGUCAUGCCCCCUCCAGGUCAUGAGCAUGGGAAUAGUGACAUAAGUGUGGGAACAAUAACAUUAUAUACUUGAGAGAUGUAUAUCACUGUGUUUAUACUGGGAGGUAUACAGUGCUAAUUGCAUAUACACUGGUAGUUUACAUUAAUUACUGUUUUAGGUAUUAAAGUAGAUUGGUGAUGUACGGGUGACAUGCAGCCUUAAUGACCCUCGUGUAGUAGAUAAACUUGAAAACCUAAUUAACCAACCAACUAGCCUUAAUGACCCACAGUAGCAUGCUUGCAACAGUUCACAACCAAUCCACAAUACUGUGGCUGGAACAAUUCACAACCCACAAUGCUGAGGCUCAAACAAUUAACAACUAGCCCACCUGCAACACAGCUUGUUUGUAAGUUGAAACACCUACAACACAACUUGUUUGCAAGUUUGAACACCUGCAACACAACUUGUUUGUAAGUUGAAACACAGUCAAUACAACUUGUUUUUAAGUUGAAACACCUGCAACACAACUCGUCUGUAAAUUGAAACACCUGCAAUACAACUUACAUUUGAUGGAAAUCCUCAUAUUAUUGUAUGGGUCACAUUGUGAAAGGGGUCACAUUAUGAAGGGUCUCAUUGUGAUGGAUCACAUCGUUAUGGUUUCUGUGAUGGGUCACAUCAUUAUGGUCCCAUUGUCAUGGGUCACAUUAUGAAGGGUCACAUUGUGGAAGGUCACAUCAUUAUGUAGGGUCACAUUGUGAAAGGUCACAUCAUUGUGACAGUCACAUCACAUAAGGAUAGCUGUUUUAUGUUAUUCAUUCUCAUGUCUGCACAGUGCUUCUCAACUACAGUACUGUGUAUGUCACUGUACAUGCAACUGAAACACACUAUAAUCUUGUAUAUUUUAUUUUGAAUCAGUAAUGAUUGCACAUUCCAAGCAGAAAUGUGUAUAUGAUUGUUAUUAUAAACAGUUAUCAGUAUUGUAUAUAUCAUUUAUUGAUAGAACAUGCAGAACAGUCCACAUGGUAGUGAAUGUAUAAGCUGGAGGCCUUUCACAUUGCAGCAUUUCAUCAGGAGCAUGCAGUGUCAGAGGUUGACUCGGGUAGUGCAGCAAGCAUUGCGAUUGUUGUUAGCUGGUUGCAUAAUGAUAGUCAUUUGAAGAUGCACAUUGAAAUUAUUGGUUGAAUUUGUGUAACUGUCUUUGUGUAGGUUUGACUCUGGGCCAGGCUUGUCUGGCCCUGGGCUAGGCUUGUCUAACCCUGGGCCCAGGUUUGUCUGACCGUGGGCCCAGGCUUGUCUGACCCUGUCCUAGGCUUGUCUGGCCCAGAGUUGCACACAUACAUUAAUGCAACCACGAAUGAGUGGGUUUAAGCAAUUAACAAUACUAUGACUGGCCAGGAAUCGAAGUCCCAAUCCUUUAGCACACCUCAUGAGAAGCCUACCAAAAUUCUGAGAUGCCUGAGACCACUGGAUUAUCAGUGCUUCAAACAUCAGGUGCCAAGUACCACUGGACGUUGCUCCUGAUAACGGUACGUAUGUGACCAUGGAAGCUACAGGACUAAUUUCAUUCUCCUCCAGUAGCUUCCAUGGCCAUGUGCUGGCAUCAGGAGUGACAUGUCCAGUGGUACUGGCCACCUAAUGUUUGAAAUAUUGAUGGCCCAGUAGACUAAGGCAUCUCAGAAUUUUGACAGGCGCUCUUGAUUCGUUGUGAAUGGGAAAUGUUGCCUUAAGAUAUGAGAAAAUUGCUGUAUGUAGUGUGCACACUAUAAAAACAUCAUGACCUUGUUUGGUUUAAAAUAGUGACAGACAUGUUUUAGGGAAGUUUUCAUGGAUUUACUGGCUAUUUCUUGGUUGUUUGAUAGACCAGAAAAUGUACUAGUGAAGUAUUAGUGAUAUUCACAAGUUUUAGACCAGAAGUGACUCAAAAUAAGCCUGACUCUUGUAGGUUUAGCAAUUUUUUUUAUUAUAAUCAAAAGCCUGAGAUUGGUGCAAAUAUUCGGCUUAUAACGACUUUCUUGGAGAAGGGUAGACCCCCAACCACACACUGUCUGUUUUAUGGGUUUAAUUAGGUCUGCUUCAAUUAUUGGGACAGCCUUAACCCUGACCAAUCAUUCCUGGUUAUGAUGAUGGAUGGUAUAUGUAGGUAAAGUGUUAAAUAGAAGAGGGCCAGACAUGUCAUUAAUGAACAGAGGGAAUGUUGCUAUAUUGGCUUUGUUGUGAUUGAGGGUGAGGACUCUUGUUGUGCUUGGUUAUCCAAUCCUCUGUAUUCACUGAGGAGCUUGGUGCAUUCCUUGCUGCUCUUCUGGUAUCAGGCAGUCUUGGCUCACUGUGUAUUCAGAUUCUCAUUUUGCUGUGUGUACCCUGACCCAGAGUACUUCUGGCCACUCUCAGGCCCAACAGAUCCAGGAGUGGUUAGCACAGCUCCAUGCACAUUAUUAUUAUAAUCAAAAAGAAGCGCUAAGCCACAAGGACUAUACAGUGGCUCCAUGCACAACACAAAAAUGUGGAGUUCUUUUGGUCUCCUGGACCAUAUUGAUAUCCUAGGUAAUGAUCAGACAGAUAGACAAAGGCUGCUUUAGCAAGCCUAUUCCACACUAGACUUUCCACUACAGUGACUUCAUGAGCUAUAUCCAUAGAUAUGUACUUGCAAGGUGGGGGGCCCGGUGGGCCCUGCAGACUAGCAACAAGUUGUACAGGGCUCAGCAGAAGAUGGGUGUUGGGCCCUCCUCCUCCUCCCACAGAAAUCAUCACUGAGAUGAAUCUGUCAGUGGAGGAUAAGGCAUACAUCUCAGCCAUAGACACCUGCACCUCGAGGAACCUUAUAAUUACUGAGGUGCCUGUAGGGACUUAGGGGAACAUUUAGUAUAGUCUUUUGACAUUAACAAUGUAAUGGAGGUUUUUAAUUACUACUGCUGCUGGCUACUUUACCUUGGUGUGAUAUAAUUUGUGUUGAGUGUUAUCCUGUGCUUUUAUUGUCCUUAAAUUGUUCAUUGCUAUGAGUACUGAGUGACUUCUCCUACUGUAACUACACUACUGCAGUUAUACUACUAUAACUAUACUACAACUAUACCACUGUAACUGUACUAGUACAACUAUACAAUUAACUAUGCUAUAACUAUACUAUAACUGUACUAUGACUAUAUACUACUACAACUAUACCAUAACUCCACUACUAUAUACUAUACUACUGAAACUAUAACUGUUCUAUGACUACUACAAUAUAAGUAUACUGCUAUUGACCCACAGUACAGGUGGUGUUAGAACUUAUGGCAAGUGAGUGGUGAAGCUCCAGGACCAUGGUUUCUUAGUGUGCUGUUACAGUUUCGUGAGUCAUACUGUAUCAUGAUACUGUCAUGUGUCAUACCAACAUGUCAUGAUACUGUUGUGUCAUACUGUCAUGCAUCACGACACACUCAGAUGUGUCAUAUUGCACUAUAUAACUGUGUAUACACUACACUGCAGAUUGUUGCUGCAGUACAUUACACAUACAGUGUUGUGAAGUCCCUCUUGCAGUGUAGGUUGUCUUAAGACUUGUCAAGAUGUUAGGCAGGAAAGACUGAAAAAGUCUUGUUUAACCCUUAAACUGUCGAAACGUAGAUCUACGUUUUUUCAACAUUUUAAAGUAUGUAAAAAAAGUAAUCUUCUUUUUGUUUUUUUACAUUUGAAAAUGUGUAAAAAAAAACUUUGAUCCAUUUUUUUUUUUGUUAUAUUUGAAAAUAUGUAAAAAAAUGUAGAUCUACUUUUGGAGCACUACGCAUGUGAACAUAGAUCUGUUUGGACAGUUUAAGGGUUAAGCAACGACUUCAUUCCAGUCUUAUUAGUUACUUAAGAUGCAAAUCAAUAAAGGGAUUUGUUUGUU